AUGGCUGGUCUGGCCAGUAAGCGACCUGGUGCCUCCUUCACUUUGCCUCCGGGCUAUGCCUGGGAGAGUGAUGUCAUAAAAGAGGAGGAUGCUCAUCACAAAGAGCUUGCUAACAAUGCUCCAACCAUCUUGCACGGCCGGACCUUAGUCUUUGACAUGCCAAAGCCACUGGGCUGGGAGACACUGAAAGAAGAACAAAAGUCUCAAAAGAGACGGGAAUAUCUUUGCGAACGAUAUGGGCAGCUUUGCUUUGUUUUCGAGGAAGACCGUCCGCAGCUACGAAAUCCCGCUGGCAGGAUACUGAUCCGGGAAAACCAGUAUUACGCGCUCUUCGAAGCAUGGUAUGCCAAGAACCUCGAGCCCCAGUAUCAUGCUACAAUGAGUCUGCUCGAGCAUGGAAUGAAAAUGGAGCUCCAAGAUUUCCUCAACCUUCAUCAAUCUCUCAAGCAAGAUGUGGCAUAUGGGUAUGGACAAGCGAGACUCGAGGAAAGCGGGACUAGCCAUGCUCGAGCGCACAUACCCUUUCCACCCAACAUCAAAACUACCGCAGUCGCGAGCUCUACGAUCCUUCAUGAUGUCCAUGUCCCUCACAAGCCCCAGAACAAUCCGAUGAGCCUUAACAAGAAGGGGACGAUUGGGCCUGACGUUUCUUUGGACACUGCUUUCGACAUUGCUCGACGAGCGUUUUUAUCAAGGAAGACAACUGCCCCUUCGCUGAAACGCAAAGCCGAUGGCGAACUAGCCACGGUUGAGCCAAAGAAACCCAAACUUGGAAACGGUGAAGAAGAACCUGCCUGGAAAGCUAGAAUCAAGUUGCCGCAGGAGGCCGCUUUGAACCAUCGUGUAUAUGGACACGAGCCGCACCAACGUGCAGGCACACCUGGCAACCAAGGUCCUCAACAAGUCAACACCACACACCUUGCUUCCGCUGGGACUCAGCAGCUUUUGCGACGCGAUGCAAGGCCUUUUACAACGAUUGGGAGAAGCGCUUUCGGAGUGCGCUUACAGCACCAAAUGAGGGCACUCUCUCCAUCUCAGCUGUCACAUCGACAAAAGAGAUUAUGUACUAUUUAUGGCCAGGGCCUCAAGGACGCGAGAGAGGUUGAAAAUCGUCAAGAAAACGACUUCAGACGGGCUUUCCGCGAGAGACUCGGCAACUUCUGUAUACUUGCUGCCCGGUAUCACGACAACAACGGAAAUGCGUAUACCCGUACCAGAAUUGCAAUGAAACUGGCUUCAGACAUCGGUGUCGACCUCAAGACUCAAGCUGAUUUAGAUUGGGCUGAGCUCGGCAAUUGGUACCACAUUUUCUGUCGGUUUAUGGAAAACGCUGUUUAUGGAAUAUAUCGCAGAGGGGAAGCUAUUGGAAGGCCGUUGGACAAGGAUGUGGAGGCUAGAUUCGAAGUCUUCCGUUCAUUGCCCCCUUUAAUGUGGCCAAGGUUCUGCAACGCAAUGGAAUCUAUCGAGGGUCAGAUUCAGGGAAGGAAGGUGUUUUAG